AUGGCUUGUCAUUUCAAUGGUAACAAUGUCAGACCAUAUUCCUUGAUUUUAACCUUAGUUUUUGCCUUCCUUUUAUUUGAUGCAACUUCCAAUGCACAAAAAAUUGUGAAAGUAGAAGAAAUUUGCAAGCAAACUAAAAUUUUUGCAUAUUGUUCAAAUCUUCUAAACUCAAUACCCGGUGGUGCAGCAAGAGCAGACGUUGAUUCCUUAGCACACUACACAAUUGAAGUGAUUCGUUCAAAGCUUAAAAACACAGUAAACCUUCUCAACACUUUGAUUGCAAAAACCACUGAUCCUAAGGCAAAAGAAGUCUACAAUUUUUGCUUAAAACAAUUCACUGGUGACGAUGGUGCACUUGCUGAAAUUGACCCCAUGCAACGAAGUUUGAAGGCAAAAGAUUAUAAUUAUGUGAGUUUGCAUAUAAAUAAUCUUGUAUGGGACGAUGAUUUAUGUAUGUCUCAUGGAAAAGAUCAAUCAUCAACAUCUUCUCACCAUUUCACUACAGAAUUCAAGGAUUCAUCACCGCUUCCGCAAUUCACUGAUGAUAUAUUCAAAGUUCUUCAGAUAAUUACGAUCAUAUCUAAUUACUGGUUCAAAAAUUAUUAG